AUGACAAAGGAGACCAAGGUCUGUGAUGACAGCGAGCUGGAUGGACAUGGAGACACCCAGCACGAGUGGACAGCUCAAGAGGAAAAGAGAAAGUUGUGGGAGGCAAACAUGGAGGGGACAAAGAAACAGGAUCAGGAGAGGGAAAAACAGAAGAGACCGAAGGAAUCUCACAGCUUCCAGAGCAACGAGCCAGGAAUAUCCAUGGAUUCCCAGCUCUGGUGGCUGGCACUGCUCCCAGUCCUGGCAUUCCAGCGCGGCUCCCACCUGGCUGCAGGUGGAUUCCUCAGCGCUCCCAAAACUCCCAUCCUCGGAAUCAUCGGGGACAGGGUGGUCCUGCCCUGCCAGGUGGGAAAUGCGCCCGUUGCUGAGGAUUUCUCCAUCCGUUGGACAUUCCAUGGCCAAUCCAAGAGGAUCCCCGUGAGCAGCUACAAUGGGAAGGGCUGCAGGGAGGAGCCGGAUGAGCAAUUUCGGGGCCGGGCGGAAUUUUUCCACUGGGAAUUCCGAGCCGGGAACAUGUCCCUGCUCCUGAGGGACGUCCAGAGCUCUGACCAGGGCACCUACAGCUGUGAGGUCUCAUUCCAGGAGGUGUCCCAGGAAGUGUCGGUGGAGCUGGAAGUGGCAGCCAUCGGAGAGGCUCCGUCGGUGAUCCUGCAGGGCCCGGAGAAGCGGGACCUGGGCCUCUCCUGCCGCACUUCGGGGUGGUUCCCGCGGCCGGAGCUGCGCUGGUUGGACGGACGCGGCAAAGUACGGCCGGAGCCGAUGACCACGACAGCCACGGAGACUCCCGAGGGUCUGUUCAGCGUCGAGUCCUCCAUGAGGAUCCAGCUGGGAUCCGACCUGGAGAUCUCGUGCCGGGUGCUCAACCGCCGGCUCAACGCCUCCCGCCAGUCGCGGAUCCGCAUCCACGGUGCGGAGCAAUUCCUGGGGGAAUUCCCGCCGGAGCGGCUCUGCUCCUGCUCCAACACUUUCCUCCCCUCCAUCUCCCGGUGGAUGCAGAUUUUCCUGGCAGUUUUGUUCCUGAACUUGGCCCUGAUUUCCGUCAUUUCCUGCCUGCUCCAGCGGAGCCACAAGAGAACCAUGAGUGCAGAGAAAAAGAAAAUUAAGUCGGUGCUGGCAAAAAUCGAAUUCAAGAAACACUUCAGUCAGCUGAAAGCUGAGCUGGAUUUCUGGGAAGCGCGGAGCCACGCGGUUCCCGUGGCGCUGGAUCCCGAGGCGCGGCCCCUGGAUCUCGGGGACGCGCAGGAUCCGCUCCCGGUGCCGGUGCUGGUGGCGCGGGACGCGCUGGGAGCCGGGAAGCGCUACUGGGAGGUGGAACUGGGCCGGGAGCGGUGCUGGGCCCUGGGGGUUCUGCGGGCCGGACCGAGCCCUCCCGGGCCCCGGGAUUCCCGGGAUGAGUUUUGGGCUCUGCGCGCAUCCCAAGGACAACUCUUCUCCAGCGGCGGCCGGGCGCUCGGGAAGCAGCCCCGGGACCUCUCCGCGCUCGGGGUGUUCCUGGACCUGGAAAAAGGGCAGCUGGAAUUUUAUGACGUGGAGCAGAAGGAUUUGGUGGCCGGGAUCCCGCUGGGGGUCGGGGAGGAUCCCACAGCAAAGUUUUUCCCGUUUGUAUCCAAAGGGGAAGAGGGGAUGCUCCGGGUCCGCCCGGUCCCCGUCCCGGUGCCGCUUUAAAUCCCCAGAGAUCGGGGGAAGGCUGCGUGGGAAGAGGGAAAUUUUGGGUGUCGGGAGGGAAAUAUGAAAUGGGAGUGAAGCUGUCAGCUUGUGGGGGUUAGAAGGGUGGGGAUAAGCAAAACACAAUGGGGGAGGUGGGAAAAAAAAUGAAGGAGAGAGGGAGGAAAAGGCAAAGUAAAAGGGAAAAGUUAAAAUAAAAAAGUUAAGGGGAAAAAAGGAGAAAACAUGAGAAAAAAAGGUGGGAAAGGGAAGAUGAAAAGGGAAAAGGGGUGGCAGAAAAAGAAGGGGA